GAGGGUCUGCUGCGGACAGGCCUGCGGAGACAGCCCGGGAUCCGGGUGCCGGAACGGACCGACCCACACACUCGGCGAUCUCCCGCUCCUGACGUCCCCCGCGCCCAGGUCCCCUGCGGGAGGCGGGCGGCGGGGGUGGCGGUGUCUGCGCGCACACGCUCGCUCACAGACACACACGCCCCGGCCACGCCACAGACACACGACACGCACGGAGCCACGGCCGGCCGCCGCGCACACUCGCACCGGCGUUCACGCUUGUUCUCCCGCGCAGGCCCCGCAGAAGCCGCUGCCCGGAGGCGGCGGCGUCCGGCCCGGAUCCCGGAUCCGCGCUUGGGUGUAGAGCAGAGACGACUGGCCGCCCUGAGUGCAAUUCAAUUCAACAGACAUUUACUGAGUGCCUACUAUGCGCCAGGCCUUAGGCUAGGCACUGGGGAGCACAGAAAGGAAAGUGGGGCCCCAUCCUCAGGUAGUUCUGGGUUGAGGGGUGGUAUAGAGACAGGCAAGGGCUCAACAGCUGGGUACCAGGAGAGAAGCCUUGUGGAGGGCUGGAGCAGCAGGCCUGGGAUGUAAAUGCAUCACUAGAGGGCUACUGUUCUUUGUCUGUGCCUCAAUUUUCCCACCUGUAAGCUGGGAGGAGGUGAGGUGGGGUAAGACUUUUCUAGGAUUCUGCAGGUCACAUCAGGGGUGGGGAAGAGCAGGGAGGCCAUCCUUCUGCCUGCAGGCUCCUCAGAGGGGUUAUAAGCACUGGGCCCCAGGGCAGAGGGGCAGGUGGGAACAGGUCCCCAGGAUCAGGAACAGCAUGAACAAAGGCCUGGUGGACAUGGGGCUGGGCUGUGGGAUUAGGAAGGGACAUGAUGGGGUGUGAGCUUAGAGGAGAGAAAGGUUGAGGGCCACACUCUGGGGUGUGAAGUCCAUUCUGGGCCAGUGGCAGCCAUUGUGGGCUGUUGAGGGAAUGAGAGACACGUGGUCCUGCUUUGUUUUAUCUUUCUUCUCCUCUCCUCGGAGUUCCUGUAGGAGCAGUAGCUGUGUAGUUAGUGUGGCAUCUGUGCUGUGUUAAGCAUGUCACCUUACUACAGCCCCAGGAAGUGGGCAUUCAUGGGCCCAGUCCCCAGGGCAGGACACUGGGGCUCAAAGAGGGAAGUUUCUUGCCCGAGGUUAUGAUCUGACCCCAAGACCCCUCUAUUGCUCCCACUACCUCUUGCUGAGGGGGUCUGUAUGCUGUGUGAUUGCUCCCAUCCUGUCUACUCCAAUGUCCUGGUGGCCACCGAGAGCAAUGGCAGGAAGAGCCAUAGAUGCCCUGAGCUAGGCUAGUUUUCUCCAAGACCCAAGUGAGGGCUCAGCAGCCACUCUCAGACUGAUAAUGAGGUGGCUCCUUCCCACUUUACUUAUGGGUGGACUGAAGCCCAGAGUCAUGGGCUAAUUCGUGGUCAGACUUGAGGGAGUGACGACCUAGACUGGGAUCCUGUCUCCUUAGCAUCAGCUGAGGCAUUGGGCAUGAAGAAGCCUUCCCCUAACUCCCUACACCCAGACCUGUGCAGAGGCUGUUUCCCUAUGCCCUCCCUAGGGAGUACAAAGGACUCAGACCACAGACCUCGGUUCAAGUCCUCGUGUUAACUUUGCAUGACUGCGUGAUUGUGAGAAGUCAUUAACCACUUUGAGCCUCGGUUUCUUUAUCUGUUCAUGGGAGAGCUGGCUUCCCUAUCCACUUACCAGCAGAUACUUAAUUGAGCACCUACUGAAGCCUGGUGCUGGCUGGGCUGGUGGGGAGGCUCAGAAUCUGGCCUUCCUUGGAGAACUGAGUCAAGGGGGAGUAGUAACAGUUAGCGUUCUGUUAGGGAUGGAGGAGGACAAAGCCCAGGGAGGCUGUGGGAACCCCUAAGAGGUAUCCCAGCCAGGUGAGGAGGGCAGGUGCCAGCGAUGCCAGGACCAUAGGCGCUAGGCUCUGGGUGUACUAGAAAUUUUCCCAGAUGAGCCAGGAGCCAGGGAAGUCAUGCUCAGAUUGAUGUUUUAGAAAGUUCUCCCUCUGCUAGGUGGAGGUUGGAUGUGAAAGGAUGGUAAGCUUAGAGGCAGAAGUCAAUGGGUGGGGCAGGGGGGCACAGAGACCCCCAGGGUAGGGAGCUGGAGAGAGGGGGUGAGUGUCCUUCCUGCUGCCUGGGAGGGGACAGGCAGCUGGGAGAGGGCUUUUGGGGGUGGUCAGCACCAAGCUGCUGCUAAGGACAGGUAGAGGACCAAGAUGAGCUGGGGAGUGGGAGGGGAAAAGGAGGUUUGAGAAGGGCGGAGAGCUGGGCUGGAGAAAUGGGGAGGUAGAAAGCAAGCCAGCCUUGCAGGGCCCCAGGACUGCUGGCUGGGCAACGUUUUCCUCAGGAAGAAAGGGGUAAUGGGUGACAGGAGUCCUAGGUGACAGGAGGGCCAUGGAGGGUCAGGGCAGCUGGAAUGUUAGCCCCACCCCAGGAAGAGAGGGCUGCAGGGGAGGAGGUGUUUGGGAGGAAGGCAAAACAUUUGCAUGUGUAACAGGGCUGGAAUGAGGGAGAGAGAAGGGGAGAAAGAUGAAAGGAAAUUACCAUACAUCAGGAUCUUGUUAUUCAACCUAAUUUUCAAAGGACCACAGCUGUCGCGCUGAGAUAAUCCGUUAAUUAUAACAGCCAUUGUGCUUUGGCAAUGGGAGAGAAACCGAGGCUGGGUGCAGGCUGAAGGCUGGGGUGGGAAGAGGGCUCUGAGGGGCCAGAACCUCAGAGAGGGGCCAGUUGAUGGAGGCAGGACCAGAGGGAAGGCCCAAUCAGGGAAUAGGCCACAGUCUUCACACUGGCACUGUCAGUGCUGAGGUGACAAGUCCUACUGCUUGCCAGCCAGUGCUAUGUGGCUAGAGCCAGUCUCCAGAACCUUCUGCAGCAGUUAACUUUAUUGAGCAAUUACUAUGUGCCAGACCCUGCUCCCGGUAGCCAGUGCUCUUCCUGUCUCAAUUUUUUUUUAAGGAGAGGAAACACCCAGGAACAUAGCUUGCCAGGAACAUAGAGCGAGGUAGUUGGCAGAGACCCAUGUGAGCUUCCAGGACAGUCUGAGGGACCACUGGUCUCCAGGGACUGACUUCCAUGAGUGGGUAGACACAGGAGCUGCCAUGGUUUAAGGCCAUGGCUCUGCCUGGGCAGCCGUCACCACAGUCACGGGUGGCCCUCCCCCACAUGGCGUUUCCGGGGCCCAGUGUCAGCCCCUGGGUGUGGAUAGAGCCUCUUUGUUCUCUGGGCCUGCAGCUGCAGGUCCCCUUCGGCCUCUGAGGCAGGCUUUAGUCUGUCCACCCCACCCCCAGAGCAACCACCCUCAGGGCCAGGAGAGGGCAUUCCAUCCCUGGUGGCAUCCAAGUUGGCCCUUGCCACCGCCCGCUUAGAGAUAGGGAGGAGACAGACAGACAGCUGGUUCAGCCCUGGGAGAGAUUCUCACCCUAGCUCCAGGGUCUUGGGGACCCUGAGUGCUAGGGCGGGGAAGUGACCAGUGGGAAGCAGUGAACUGUGGUAGGGCAUCUUGAAGUCUGACUGCCCAGGACCCCAGAGCCUUUGGUAGACUUGGCUUUGGAGCCAGGUUCAUGCCUUGACCAUAGGACCGUGACUGGAAACUUAGUAGAGACCAUCUGGCAAGGCAGGGGGCUUAUUCUGCAAAUUCAGUGGGAACCCCCAAUGUGGCCCAGGGACCCAGGUAGUGCUGUGGAAGGCAGGGGAGAAGCAGAGGCCCUCAGAGAGGCAGAAGGUCUGGGGUGAUCUCUGUGGAGAUUCCCCUGCUAGGAGCCAAGGGGAAGCCUAGGGCAGCCAGGGCAGUUUAAAGUCUUGGAAAAUGGGUGACCCCCCAUCCCAGGUUCUGACUGGUAGGGCCGAAGAGCCAUGUAUGCAUUCCAGAAACUUCAAGCCCCAGACUCAUCAUUGGAGACACCCCCCCAAAUGACAGACCCAUGUUGUUACUAUCCUAGAGUUCUAAGACCCACAACCACAGUGGGGCAGGGUGUUGUGGUGUGGUGGAAGCAGGAGUGAAAUUCAGGGGUGGGGGGCAGAGUGACCAGCUCAUGCAUCCCCAUACAGACAAGUCUACUUGUUCCCACUCUGAGGUUCCCUGUAUUGUUAGCUUCACAAACUGCAGUAGCCAGGGAUCAGGGCAGCAGCCCAGGGAGGACAGAGCCACCUGCUCUGCCCCAUGGCAGGCAGACCCACAGUCACCCUUAUCCAGGGGUGCCAGUGGCUUUCAGAAACAGGGAUGCUUAAAAUAAAAGCUCCCAAGCUUUCCACAUUGCCAGGCAGCUAAAAACUAAAUUUAAUUACUGUCCAGAUGAAGCAGGGUCCCUUGGCAUGGCAUGAGUCAGAGCCUGGGAUUGAGGAAGAGAAAGUCACCCAGAGCAACUGGAAACCUGGGCUCCGCAUCUCUACAAUAGGCAUCAGGACAGUGGAGGCUCAAGGCUGGAACCAGGAUGAACAGGCUUCCCAGGAAGCUCCCAGGCCCAGCCGAUGCCUUUUCUGUCCACCCAUCCCUCUGCCAGGUCAGGCUGCCCAAGUGGACUGAAUCAUGCUCAAACCUGGAUCCUCUGCUUCUCCCCAGGGGUCCCCCGACACACUGCCCUGCCUUGGGAUGGCCUUAAGGAUGUUUCGAGGCAGGAAAAUGCCCACCCUUGGGGACCCUGGAGGAGGAGCAGGCCGUGCAGGCAGAACCAAGAGGGUGGGCCUAGCCGGUGCCUGGUACAUAGUAGGUGUUCCAUAAAUGUUUAUUGAAUGAAUGAAUGGAGGCCAUGCAGGCAGAGGCAGCGUGCGCGUGCAGGCACUGUGCAAGAGCGGGUCCAGUGGAGACCGGAACCAGGUGACCGAUGGGCCUCUUCCUCCCUGUCCCCAUCUUUCUCACCAUCCCCCAGUGCUGCACUCCUGGCUUCAGUAGGAACUGCCUGAAGUUCUGAACCCAGAACCCAAGGAGGAAGAGGAGGAGGAAGAAGAGGAGGAGGGAGAGGAGGAAGUCAAGGCCUGAGAACCUGUAUACUUUUGCAACAGGAACCAGGAACUACGCCCAGCAGCUUAUAGCCCUCCAGAGUGCCCCCAGAAAUAGGCACCAGCUGUUCCCACCUUGCCAGGAGCCCCUGUACUGGGGGUCGCCCCCAAGAUGGUGGCGGCCCCAGGGAGGACUGUGCUACCAGCUCCAGCCUCCAGUCACUAGGCCCCCCUGUGCUCCGGCCCCUCACCCCAGCUGGGCCUGCAAGGGGCCGAGGCCUGGGCCAUGCUGCGCCUAGGGCUGUGCGCAGCAGCGCUGCUGUGCGUGUGCCGGCCUGGUGCCGUGCGUGCAGACUGCUGGCUCAUUGAGGGAGACAAGGGCUACGUGUGGCUGGCCAUCUGCAGCCAGAACCAGCCACCCUAUGAGACCAUCCCUCAGCACAUCAACAGCACCGUGCACGACCUGAGGCUCAACGAAAACAAGCUCAAGGCCGUGCUGUACUCCUCGCUUAACCGCUUUGGGAACCUCACGGACCUCAACCUCACUAAGAAUGAGAUCUCCUACAUUGAGGACGGUGCCUUCCUGGGCCAGACGAGCCUGCAGGUCCUGCAGCUGGGCUACAACCGGCUCAGCAACCUGACAGAGGGCAUGCUGCGAGGCAUGAGCCGGCUGCAGUUCCUCUUCGUCCAGCACAACCUGAUUGAGGUGGUAACACCCACUGCCUUCUCAGAGUGUCCCAGCCUCAUCAGCAUCGACCUGUCCUCCAACCGCCUCAGUCGCCUUGAUGGCGCCACCUUCGCCAGCCUCUCCAGCCUGAUGGUGUGUGAGCUGGCUGGCAACCCCUUUAACUGCGAGUGUGAUCUCUUUGGCUUCCUAGCCUGGCUUGUGGUCUUCAACAAUGUCACCAAAAACUAUGACCGUCUGCAGUGUGAGUCACCAAGGGAGUUCGCUGGCUACCCACUGCUCGUGCCCCGGCCCUACCACAGCCUCAAUGCCAUCACUGUCCUGCAGGCCAAAUGCCGUAAUGGCUCCUUGCCUGCCAGGCCCGUAAGUCACCCCACACCCUACUCCACUGAUACCCAGAGGGAGCCAGAUGAGAACUCAGGCUUCAACCCUGAUGAGAUUCUCUCAGUGGAGCCACCUGCCUCAUCUACCACAGAUGCAUCUGCAGGACCGGCCAUCAAGCUGCAUCACGUCACUUUUACCUCGGCCACCCUGGUGGUCAUCAUCCCACACCCCUACAGUAAGAUGUAUGUGCUGGUCCAGUACAACAACAGCUAUUUCUCUGACGUCAUGACACUGAAAAACAAGAAAGAGAUUGUGACGCUGGACAAGCUGCGCGCGCACACUGAAUACACCUUCUGUGUGACCUCACUGCGCAACAGUCGCCGCUUCAACCACACUUGCCUGACCUUUACCACGCGGGACCCUGUGCCUGGGGACCUGGCUCCCAGCACCUCCACCACUACACACUAUAUCAUGACCAUCCUGGGCUGCCUGUUUGGGAUGGUCAUUGUGCUGGGCGCUGUCUACUACUGCUUGCGGAAGCGGCGCAUGCAGGAAGAGAAACAGAAGUCUGUUAAUGUCAAGAAGACCAUCUUGGAGAUGCGCUACGGGGCUGAUGUGGACGCUGGUUCCAUUGUGCACGCUGCCCAAAAGUUGGGCGAGCCUCCAGUGUUGCCGGUAGCCCGCAUGUCCUCCAUCCCUUCUAUGAUUGGGGAAAAGCUGCCCACUUCCAAGGGGCUGGAGGCCGGGCUGGACACACCCAAGGUGGCUACCAAAGGCAACUAUAUUGAGGUGCGCACGGGUGCUGCAGGGGACAGCCUGGCCCGGCCUGAGGAUGAUCUCCCAGACCUUGAAAACGGCCAAGGCUCGGCUGCUGAGAUCUCCACCAUCGCUAAGGAAGUGGACAAGGUCAACCAGAUCAUUAACAAUUGCAUCGAUGCGCUCAAGCUGGACUCGGCCUCUUUCUUGGGAGGUGGCAGCGGUGGUGGAGACUCCGAUCUGGCCUUCGAGUGCCAGUCCCUCCCUGCGGCUGCUGCCGCCACCUCGGCUGCUGCUCCCGGGGCACUAGAGCGGCCCAGCUUCCUGUCACCCCCCUACAAGGAGAGCUCCCACCAUCCGCUGCAACGCCAACUGAGCGCCGACGCCGCAGUAACCCGCAAAACCUGCAGCGUGUCGUCCAGUGGCUCCAUCAAGAGCGCCAAGGUCUUUAGCCUGGAUGUGCCGGACCACCCAGCCACUACGGGGCUGGCCAAGGGUGACUCCAAGUACAUCGAAAAGGGCAGCCCCCUCAACAGUCCGCUGGACCGGCUCCCACUGGUGCCUGCGGGCAGCGGCAGUGGCAGUGGAGGAGGGGGUGGCAUCCAUCACCUGGAGGUGAAGCCAGCCUACCACUGCAGCGAGCACCGGCACAGCUUCCCCGCCCUCUACUACGAGGAAGGUGCGGAUAGCCUGAGCCAGCGUGUGUCCUUCCUCAAGCCGCUGACCCGCUCCAAGCGUGACUCCACCUAUUCACAGCUCUCCCCCAGACAUUACUAUUCAGGCUACUCCUCCAGUCCUGAGUACUCGUCUGAGAGCACGCACAAGAUCUGGGAGCGAUUCCGGCCCUACAAGAAGCACCACCGAGAGGAGGUGUACAUGGCUGCCGGCCACGCCCUGCGAAAGAAGGUCCAGUUCGCCAAGGACGAGGAUCUGCACGACAUCCUCGAUUACUGGAAGGGGGUCUCGGCCCAGCAGAAGCUGUGACCCUCUCCUCCCCCUGGUGAGGCUCCUGAGGUACCCUCGCAGUAGAUCCCAUGCAGUCUUUGGUCUGGGCAGUUCUGGGGAGUGAGUGCCUAUGGCUACCCUCAUCAUGAGAGCCUUGGCAGGAGUGUAAGCAUGCAGCAGCCUCCAGCCUCCAGGAAGUUUGCUUCAAUUAUGGAGUCCCCAGAGGAGCAGGCAGCCCCCCCCAUGUCUUCUGCAGUGCUCUCCACCAUGACCCUUACACUGGCAUCUCCUGUCCCUGCU